UACCAAAUGAUUGAAUGAUUUUGUAGUUUUAAUAUCAAAAAAGGAAAUAAUGACUAAAAAUGUGAUUCAAAUGUCUUAGUCUUCAACUGUUCCGUCGAUUGACUGAAUCAUUGGUUGUGUUAAGCGAUGGGAUCUUCACAAUCAAGAGAUUUUGACACUUCAAAGCUAAACUCUUUCUGGACAGUCAUUGGAUUAUCUCACGACCCGAUCGACACAUUUGUCGAGAUGUGGUAUCACGUCUUCCUUUGGUCACUAUUUUCGUCAAUAAUUAUUCAUAUGUUGGCCUCCGGUAUAGCGUUUGGUUCACUUCGGAAACACAAAACACUAAGAUUUGGUUCAAUUCUUGUGUUGAUCUCAGGAGUGGUCACUCCAUUGACGGCAUACUCAAUAACAUCUGCCGCAGUGGCCGGUGCUCACAGAGCGGCCAGCUUUCAAAUGUAUCCCUUAUAUGCUAUGUUCUGGGGCUGCGGACAAACUCUGGUCACUCUUAUUCUGUCGUUUACACGAGUAUUGGCCACACUUUAAG